AAAUUGUGUGUGUCCCACCAAGCGUGCCAUGUACGCACCCAAGUAGAAACAUCAUCAUAUCAGAUAUCCUUCCUUUUUGCUUUCGUUUUACUCUUUCACCAAUUAAGGUAUUUUGGAUUUUUGUAAGACACAAAUUCUAUCAGGAAAGAAGGAGAUUGAAAGAAUGGUAGAUUGUGCACGUAUACAGAAAGAACUCGUUGAUUGUAACAAAGACAAAGGGAUAUCUGGUAUAAGUGUAACACUUGAUGGUGAUGAAUUUACUCAUCUCACUGGUACUAUAACUGGUCCUGUUGGUACUCCUUAUGAAGGUGGAAUCUUUCAAAUUGAUAUCCAAAUGCCUGGUGAAUACCCUUUUGAGCCUCCGAAGAUGCGAUUUCUAACAAAAGUUUGGCACCCUAAUAUCAGUAGUCAGAAUGGAGCAAUCUGCCUGGACAUCUUGAAGGAUCAAUGGAGCCCAGCUCUUACUCUGAAAACUGCGCUUCUUUCUUUACAAGCAUUGCUAUCUGCUCCUGAACCUGGUGAUCCCCAAGAUGCCGUGGUCGCUCAACAGUAUCUUCGUGACUAUCCAACCUUUGCGGGAACAGCUCGGUAUUGGACUGAGACUUUUGCCAAGAGGUCAUCCAUGGGCAUCGAAGAAAAGGUACAAAAGCUGGUGGAGAUGGGCUUCCCAGAUGUUCUGGUGAGGAAGACACUGGAGAUUGUGGGUGGUGAUGAAAAUAUGGCUCUUGAAAAGCUUUGCACGGGCUAAAUGAUGUUGCAGAAGUCUCCAUCACCUUAUUAACUGAGUUAAUCUAUUUUUUUGGAGUUUGAAAACUGGAAGUGAGGACUAGGGUGAAAUCCCACUGAUUCCCACUAGCAUCAGUUAAUCUUAUAGAGACAAAAAUUUGCAAGAAAAAAUUUCUUAAUGAACAACAGAAGUUGCAAUCGUAGGUAUUAUUUAUAUUUAUAUAACAUAUAUGAUAUAUUGCUUCGUCGUUC